GCUAAUAAUUUUAUUCUUUUUUAAGAGCAAAAGCAUCUUCAUUUUCAGGAAAUUAUUGACAUGUGCGACUAUGCCGUUGGAUUAAGCCGGCAAUUGAAUGGAUCAAUCAUACCAUCAGAACGACCAAAUCAUAUGAUGUUGGAGGUGUGGAAUCCUCUAGGAGUAGUUGGUGUAAUUACAGCUUUCAACUUCCCAUGUGCUGUUCUUGGAUGGAAUGCCUGCAUUGCGUUGGUCUGUGGCAAUUGUGUUGUCUGGAAAGGAGCUCCCUCAACUCCAUUGAUCACCAUAGCAAUGACAAAGAUAGUGGCUGAGGUUCUUGAAAAGAAUAACUUACCAGGUGCAAUUUUCACUUCUUUCUGUGGUGGUGCUGAAAUAGGGCAAGCAAUAGCGAAAGAUACACGUAUACCACUGGUUUCGUUCACUGGAAGCUGCAAGGUGGGUCAAAGUGUUCAAAAAACAGUCAAUGAGAGAUAUGGUAAAUGCUUGCUUGAACUAAGUGGGAACAAUGCCAUAAUUGUCAUGGACGAUGCUGACAUCCAGCUCGCUGUUCGUUCGGUUUUGUUUGCGGCUGUUGGUACAGCAGGUCAACGCUGCACAACUUGUCGUAGACUGUUUCUGCAUGAGAGUAUAUACCAGGGUUUUCUGGAUCAACUCCUUGGAGUGUACAAACAAGUUAAAAUUGGGGACCCUCUAGAGAACGGUACCUUGCUAGGGCCACUACAUACCCGUGCUUCAAGAGAGAACUUUGAGAAGGGCAUCGAAAUCAUAAAAUCGCAGGGAGGAAAGAUCCUCAAUGGAGGAUCUGUGAUUGAAUCUGAAGGAAAUUUUGUGGAGCCAACAAUAAUUGAGAUUUCUCCGGAUGCAGCUGUAGUGAAAGAAGAAUUAUUUGCUCCAGUUCUUUUUGUUAUGAAAUUUCAGACUCUAAAGGAAGCAAUUGAAAUGAACAACUCUGUACCACAAGGGUUGAGUAGUUCGAUCUUCACAAGGAAACCAGAAGUGAUCUUCAAAUGGAUUGGACCACAUGGCAGUGACUGUGGUAUUGUGAAUGUGAACAUACCUACAAAUGGUGCGGAAAUUGGGGGUGCCUUUGGUGGUGAGAAGGCUACUGGUGGUGGCCGUGAAGCGGGAAGUGACAGUUGGAAACAAUAUAUGCGGCGUUCAACAUGUACAAUCAAUUACGGGAACGAGCUCCCACUGGCUCAGGGAAUAAAUUUCGGCUAAGUGUGACACAUGACGAUUGAUCAAAUCUUUCAUCGGCAACUUCUGCAAGUAAGCGAUAUGCUUUGAAUGGUGGUUCAAAAUGUAGUUGGGAAUACUUUUAUCCGAUUCCUGAAGAAUAAGAGCCAGGGGAAAUAGGCAUCAUUAUAGCCAAUUUACUCUGGGGUUGUAAAUCUUGGCCUACUACUUUGACAAUCUCUCUUUAUCAUUUAACUUAAUUUAUAGUGAGGCUGCUAUCUGUGGCUUCUUUCUCUCCCA